AUGAACCGUAUAACUGCGCAAGACACCAUUAAAAGCUUGAAGCAAAUGUUUAGGACAUGGGGUCCACCCAGAACAUUAACUCUUGAUAACGCGAAACAGUUUGUUUCGACGGAAUUUAAGGAAUUUUGCUCAAAUAACGGAAUACAUCUCAAUCACACUACGCCAUAUUGGCCACAAGCAAAUGGCGAAGUGGAACGGCAAAACCGGUCCCUAUUGAAACGGAUGAAAAUCGCCCACGCUUUACAUGACAACUGGAAAGCCGAACUUGAACAUUAUUUGAAUUUGUACAACAAUACGCCACAUACCAUAACCGGAAAAGCUCCAAGCGAACUGCUGCAGGGAAGAAAAUUACGAUCCAAAUUGCCCCAGGUAGAUGACCUUGAAACAGUACCCCCAAGCACUGAUUUCAGAGACCAAGACAUGGCUAAAAAGAUCCAGCAGAAAGAGAGAGAGGAUACUAGAAGACGAGCUAAACCCAACGACAUCUCUACAGGUGAUACUGUUCUCAUGAAAAACCUUCUUCCGUCGAAUAAGUUAGCUACGCCCUUCCUGAAUGAGAAGUUUACAGUAUUAGGCCGAAAUGGUUCAAACGUAACUGUGCAGUCCAAUAGCUCAGGAAAACAAUUCGAUAGAAAUAUUUCACAUCUUAAGAAAUGGAACGGAUCAUCGGAUGCUGAUAUCGGGGGACCUGUGGAGUCGGGGGAAAGCUUCGCAUACCAGGCAGCUAUUAGAAGCUAA